GCGAGUGCCCACGCAUGCGCCGGACAGGCGCACCACACAAUCCGCGUUCGGCUAGGGCGGAAACGCUUUCCGGUGUAGAUAUACCAGAAAUAUUUCUGCUCUUCAGCCGUUAUGCUACGGCGGUGGCUGAGUGCUGAUAUCUGAGUGCAGAGUGUCGGUGUCGAGUGCUGGUCGCAAAUCGUGUCGAACGGAUUUUAAAGACGGUCGGUCCAGCUAUGAGCUGUGCGGCCAAGAUCUGUUAAUUGUUAAUCGUUCCGGAAUCGGCAAGUGCGUAUGAUUUGCAGUUGCAGUCCCAAAAAAAGCGAAAAGCACCGCUGGCGGUGUUCCAGUGAGCCGCGCACACGCCCACAUGUGCAUAGGUUGUGUGUUUGAGCGUUUAAAUGUGUUGUUACCGGUACCAAAUGUAAACAAAGUCCAGUGACAAACAUUGCAUUUUUAUGCAGCCGCAACUGAGCUACUGAGCGCCACGCACCUCAGAAGAAAGCAGCAGGAUGUUGAUCCGCUGGAAGAGCAAGGAUAAGAGCGCCUCCUCCAGCCAAAGCGCCUGCGGCAGCAGCAGCUCCUCCUCAAAAAAGAAACGCAAGGGACGCGAGGGCGAAGAAGAUUGGCAGAAUGACGCCAAGUCGGGACGACUUCCUUCAAGCGAACAGGUCGGCGACGAGAGACGUAGAGCCAUGCGACGCGACGAUCCGCGGCGCCACACGCUCGGUGGUGACAUGUUGGUGUACGGCGGCUCUCAGCACCCCCAUGCCCAUCAGAUGGCGCCCCAGCAACAGCGCGCCAUGGAUUUGGAGAUGAGUACGCGCGCCCAGAAGAACAAGAAGAACCAGCCGAUGCGGGGAUAUGCGCCCGUUAAUCAGGGACCGCUGUUCGAUGACGAUCCGGGCAUCAUGUCAGAAGUGGAAACGGCCAGCACCGGAUUCCGGAGGGGCGGCAAGCAGCGCUCUUCGCUCCCCGUGGUACGCACGCCAUCCAAAACGCUGGAGCGGCCGCUGGGAUUGGUUUUUCUGCAGUACCGCUCGGAGACGAAGCGCGCCCUGCUACCCAACGAGAUCACCUCGAUCGACACGGUGCGCGCCCUGUUCGUGCGCUCGUUCCCGCGCCAGCUGACCAUGUCCUACUUAGAGGGGCCCAACGUGAAGAUCUACAUCCACGACGCCAGCAAAGACAUGUUCUACGAGCUGGAGGACGUGCGUUCGCAUCUGCGCGAGAUCCGCGAUCGCUCCGUGCUUCGCCUCUUUGAGUCCACCGAGGUGGCGGCCCCACCCCAGAUCCUGCCCGGCGGCCCUGGCAUCCCGCAGCCGCUUCCCCCGGCACAGGCAAACUGGGACCAGGACCAGAGCUAUUUCAGCGAACCGGAGUUCGACUCGGACUACAAGCAUCAGCACAUUCACAAAUCAAAGAUUGGCAAACAGCCGGCGCCCUAUUACGUGGGAUCGUCGCAGACCUUGCCCCGCGGCAUGUACUCAUCAGAACGAAACAAGGUGUCGAUGGGAGCGCCUGUGAAACCACUCAGAUCUCUCAAUCCAAGGGGUAGCAUGGAACCCCUGUUCCCCUACAUCCCGGAUCAGUUAUACAGCAUUCCAGACGGCUACACCAGUUCUCCGGAACGCGGCAGCCGCGGCAACUACGAGGAGCCGUACUACAGCCAAUACGGCACAAGGGGCAGUGUCGUGGCCCCCAUCAUCGACGAGGAGCAGAGCGACGGAGCCAUGACCGAGGAUCAGUACGCCCUCUACGGCAUAAAGGUGGGACCGGGACCCAACCGCCUAGGCCACCGCGGCAACCAGAUCUAUGACCCCACUAGGCCAGAAGACUUGCACCGCAUACGCGUGGAGCACAUGGAACGGCAGCUGGCCAACCUCACGGGAUUGGUCCAGAAGGCUCUGGUUAACCAGAAUCCCCAGAUCGCUCCUCUAGCUGUGCCCACCCUGGACCCGAAUUAUCUUGUCGUGCCAACGCAGAUGCAAGCCAAUGGUUCUGGGGACGAGCUGUACAUACGGGAGAAAGCUCCCAAACUGGGCAAGAACUCCUGCCAAAAAUCCGUGUCCUUUGAGAAGUCCGUAUCGUUUAGCGAUGACAUACAGGGAAUACCAAAGUCUCACAACCCUCUACAUGCCGCUGACACGAAGCCAACCAAGCCGGCAAUCAAGUCGUCCACCCUACCACGCACCUCGUCACAAGAACGCGACCGCCUAAAGCCUCCUCCGCCGCCCAAGCCGAUUGUACUGGCCCAGACCACUCAUCCCAACUACCGGGCGGACAUUGCACUGGCCCCCGAGGUGUACAAUCAUCUGCGUGGCUUGCAAAAGAAAGCCAAGGAUCUGCGGAUGGAGGUGCGCACCUUACGGCGCCUUUCGCAGGCCCAGGCUGUCGCCGUACGCGAGGACAUUAAGGGCACUUUCAUGCGUAUUCGGGCCACGCUGCUGGCGAGCAGCGGCAGCUUUUGGGACCACCAGGGCGACCAGGACGCCACUCGCAUUUCGCGCGAGGAGGAGCUCUACAAGCAGGAGGUCAUCCGCCUAGAAAAGGACCUGAGCGACCUGGAGGGGUCCGUGGAAAACCUGCGCGGCGAGGUAAUAAACCGGCGCACCCGCGUCAACAUGACCGCAGUGGAGGACAUGGCUUUGGUGCUGAGUCGCGCUAGCAAAACUGUCGCUGAGCUGAAGCUUAAGUUUCCGGCACUCUCAAAUGGCUUGCGCUGCAUCCUGUCUAACGAGAUGGAGAAGGUGGUACGAGAAGAAAAGUUCCUCAAAGAAGAGCCCGACCGCUUGGAGUCGGCUCUGCGGCGCUGCAAGAAGCUGACUGGCACAUUGGUGACGCUCAAACGCUUGGCCAGCGUGCAGGAGCAACGGCUACCGCCAAACGAGCCGACUAUCAGUGAGGAGCCACCGCGGUCCGCGGACAUCUCGGCGCCCGACAAGCCAAUCCCAACACCCAGGAUGGGGACGUUCGCUCUCAGCGGGGGACUCGCACCCGAAAACGCACUCGAUGCUUUGCUAGAUGAGCUCAAGACAUUCUCCAAGCCCAUUGCCCAACAACAGCAGCAACAACAGCAGCCACACCAGCAACUAUACGAGAUUCGGCCGGAGGAUUCGGCAUCCGAUGAGAGCGCCCAGGCCGCAGUACAAAGCACUGUCACCACGCAAAUUUCGCAGGCCCGUCUCUACACGGAGGCGAGCGUCAACAUCCAGCAGGCGACCACUGGCAGCAUGGUCAUCGCUGUCGCCUCGGGCAGUGUGCCAGCUCAAGCCCAGCGCGGCGUGCUCACCCACCAGCAUUCACAGUCGCAGCAUUCCUAUCAGUCCCAGUCCCAGGCUCAGCUGAUGGUGCAAACCAACAUGGGCAGCCUGCGCCGCCUGCACUCCUACCCCAGCGAGUCGGACGGCGAACUGCAGGCCAGCGAGACGGCACUAGCCAACGGUGGCGGCAGCAGCAAGCCACCCGUGCCCGAGCGAAACGCUGAAUUGAUCACCAAGGUGGGCCACAAGCGCAUCCCGCCACCUCCGCCGCCACGCACCAGCUCACGCAGUCCACUGGCCAGUCCAACAAGCCCAAACAUGCCACAGAACCAGGCUGCCACAGCCGCAGUCAAUGUCAAUGUCAAUUUAAAUGUCAAUUUAAAUGCCAAUGCUAAUGCCGCCGGAAACAGCGUCGUGGGUGACGCCAUCGUGGCCAGCGGCGACACCUCCAGUGGGGACAACUCAAGCGGCAACGAGUCCGGCAACGACCACGUCCAGCGCCAGGUGGCGCUCGAGAUGCGUCACCAGGAGCUGCUUAAGAAGCAGAAACUGCUGCAGGAGCAGUAUCAGCGGCUGCAGCAGAUGAGCAAGCUGCCAUCGGUGGACUUGCCGCAGACGCAGGACAUGGCCGGUGGCAGCAACACGCUGCGCAAGCUGGGCAGUGAGACCAACAUCCAGCAGAAGAUUGCCGCAUUGAGUCUAGCUUGUGAGGCUAGUGGAGCCGCAGCUGCGGCGGCGGCGGCUGCUGCGGCUACCAAUGGUGUGUUGGCCAGUGAUGCUACGAGAGGUGCGAACGGCGGCGCGCUGGGUGGUGGGGGAGCUGCAGGGGCGGCUGGUGCGGGCGCUGCUGCUGUUAACUCGAAUUUGAAUUUGAACUCCCAACACCAGACAGCCCCGACGACCACCAAACAGCUGUACGAGACCGAGAUACUUUAACACAACUGGAAAUUGGCGUGGAACGAAGCAAAAAUCGACAUUUAAUCGGAGCGGUCAGGCGUCUGAAAUUGAAGUUAAAAUUGAAGCAUGGGCAAGUUAAACCAAAGUCUAUCAACACCACCUUCAUUAUUUGUGUGGAUGUGGAUUACGAUUUCGAUGGAAAUAAGAAUAAGAAUAAGAAAAAAACGUUGGAAUUUACAGCCCCUGGUCGCUCGCACUCAGACAUUAUCACCGCUGACAAAACAGUACAGAACCGAUAGUUAUGAAUGAAUAAUAACAACAAACACCAUUUCGUUUGUCAGUGUGAGCAAAGGCUCGCACCGUACUUGUAUUUACUAUCAUCUAAUUGUCGUACAUAAAUGUGUAUUUGCACAACUCCAGCAGUUUGUUAGGUGUUGUCUUAGAAAUCGCAACGCAAAUGAUAAGAAUCAAAGCAAAAACAAAUAUCGAAUGGAAUCACAAAUUAAAACCCGUGCAUAUGUGUAAUGCGUAAUCACCAUUUGUGCAACCCCAUAAAAAGUGGGCAUGGCCCUAUAAACACACCCAGAUGAAUGUAUUUAUGUAUGUAUUCGUUUACAUUGAUGUACAUGUUGCAUGUUGUGUUUUGUUGUUGUUUCAAUGAAGUUGCACACAGGUCAAGAGCAGGAAGGGAAGCGAUUAGAGCCCCACCAAAUUGCACAAUACUACGACGCAGUCGAAGAUUGAGAUGGAACACAAAAUGUUUUUCAGCACGAACACCCCCCAGCACUAAGCCUCAAUAUAUCAGUCUGUGUGGAUGAGUCAAUGCCCAAGCAGCACUCCUUGACCCAUAGUCCAGGACCUAGAACCUGGCCACAACACCACAACCACACGUAGAACUAAGAUUCCUCAACAUAGCCAAGCACAACGACACUACGAACAUAAACCGAUUAACAAUUAACUAUUAUGCAUAUGUACAGAUUUACGUAUGUACUUCAAAUAUGGCAUAGAUUUUUAUUAUUACCUUGGACGUGAGACUGAUAGUUCUAUAUAUGUAGCUCACAAUAUAUAUACAAUAUGAAAUACGAAUACGAAGAUAUUGUACUUAUUUUUAUUAAAAAAAAGUGAUUAGCUAAUUUUAUCCCAAAAAGUCAUAAGCACUUCCCCCACUCGAAGAAGGGGUCUUGAGCUUUCUAUUCUUGAUGGGAGUUUCGGAGAGUGUACGGAACACUUCGGACUACCGAAGGUUUUAUUACUUACACAAAGCACCUAUCAAACGGGUAAAGGAGUUGCGCGCCUUCGUGCAUAUAUAUACAUAUGCAUUUAACGCAACAUGCAAUAUCGCAUCCAAUGGUGGUCGGUCUGGAAGGCAACCCAAAACCAUAUCCUGGGUAGUUGAACAGGCAUUGCCUUAUGGCUCAGCGACAUACGGACACGGACGGAAUCGUAUUGUAUCCUUGUUCCUCCCUACCCGUUUUGGUCUUGAUCAGGCUUUUGGGUAUUUCGAAGUCGAGAGCUCUUGACUGCAUUUAUUUUUAGCAAAUCCAAAAGGUACCCGAAAAUAGUACACCAGCAUCCCUAACAUAUAAGUAUGUACAAAUAUUCCGAUGUUUGGAAGCAAUAAUUAAAUAAUGUGGAUAGACAGCUUGCACACUUAUACACAGACAUAAUUGGUUAUUUUUACUGUUUGGACAGCAUUACACAUCAGUAUUAUAGGCUAAUUUACUUAUAAAUUAAAUUGUACCACACCAAGAAAAAAAAAAUUUUUUUGCACCUCUGCCACCUUCUUAUAUUAAUUAAACACAGUCAUGUAUUUUUUAAAUUGUUCAAUUUUGAAAGUCUAAAUGAGGACUACAGUUGAGUCUGCCGAUCCCAAAAGUUGUGGGAGCGAGUCGAAACUACGUCGAGCGUUUUAGCGUAAGAUCUAACACCACGCAUAAAAAGAUACAACAUUUUGGAAUAUAUAUAUUACAUACUCAUAUAUGUAAAAAUUCAUAGUUAUAUUAUAUGUAUACCCAAUAGCUCAAAUACAGCCGCAGAAGGUCACCUUCCCAAGGCUUCUGCUGAUCGUACUUUAUAGACUAGCACGGUUAGCCGAAUCUUUUAUAGGAAGGCCGAGCUUUGAUACCCAAAAGUCCCGGCCCGGAGCAGUAGACUUGACCAUGGUGCAACUAUACAAGGUGGUCCCGACGCACGAGCUGCCCUCUUUUGAGGACGUUAUUUUUGCCAGUCGUUUGUCAAACGUGAGAAAGAAAUCGGUUGCUAUCUCUUUCUAGCGCUUGUCUCUGAGAAAUGUAUCGUCCUCGGCAGAGCUGACGGGAAAACCUUGUUUAGUUGCACCAUGGACAUGACUUCAAGACUAAAAUUUCAAACACAAAGCCCUUAGAUGAGCGCUCAAGACAUAACAUACACACAAAGACAAAUAAUUACCUAAUUUAGCAGAUUUGUAUUAUUUAUUUAGCGCCAUUCGACGAAUAUGUAUAACAUAUAUAUUUACAUGCAAAUUCACGCAACGAAUACACAUUUAAAUAAACAUAUUACAUGCAUAUGAUGGUAACAAUACGAACUCAAGAUAUUUAAGUAUAAAGUUUAACAAGCGUGGCGAAAUCAAUGGCAUCCUACACCUAACUGUUAUCCUUAAAAGGCACAUCACAGUUACACGACCCACUCUCCUACACCUACAUAGGUAUUUGUAUCGCUUAUAGGCGAGUAUGAUCAAAAAUCAAUAUCCCUGCCCGACUGGGAGAAGGGAGGUGUAAAAUGCAGAACCUCUGAAUGAUGGUAAAGCUGAAUUAAACGUGUUUGAAGUGCGUAUUUUUUUCUUAAUAAUAAUUACUCUAUUUAAAUUACAACAAUCCACAAAAAUAAAUAUCAUUCGUAAAAUGGA